AUGGACAGAGUGACUUUUACUCUCAAUGGCGUGAAGCAUUCAGUUGGAAAUGAAGUUUCGUCCACAACCACCCUUCUGGAUUACAUCAGGAAGGUCGCAGAGCUGCGAGGUACCAAGUACAUGUGUAAAGAGGCUGGCUGUGGAGCCUGUAUAGUGAGUUAUUCGAGACCAUCAGAUGACGCGGCUUUCGGGAGGCACAUUGUGCAAGGAGUCAAUGCUUGUAUGGUGUCGAUAACUUCGUGUCAAGACUGGGAGAUCAGCACCAUAGAGCACAUUGGCAACAGGCUGCAGGGAUACCACCCACUGCAGGUCACCCUUGCCAGAGACAACGGCACGCAGUGUGGCUACUGUAGUCCUGGCUGGGUAAUGGCUAUGUACAGUUUACUAAGCACCAGACCUCGCACCAUUUUUGAAAUAGAAAACGAUCUAUCUAGUAAUAUAUGCAGGUGUACUGGUUAUAGACCUAUAUUAGAUGCAUUUAAGAAAUUUGGCAGCGAUGCACCAAUUAACAGUUUAAUUGAUAUAGAAGAUCUGAAACUAUGUGAUAAAAUUAUUCAUAAAAAGAAAUGCCCAGAUAAUAAUAAGAAAGAUCUAAACGAAGAUUGGUAUGUCAUAACUAAAGAAGAAGUAUCAAGUAAAGUAAUACAUUUAAAACUACAUGAUGACAGAAUUUGGUACAGAGUUGAAAUGGUCAAUGAUAUUUUUAACAUUUUUAUGGAAGAAGGAACCGACUCUUAUAUGUUAAUUAAUGGAAACACUGGGAAAGGAGUCGUAAAUAUACUGGAGUAUCCGAGACUUCUAAUAGACAUCUCUAAUGUUUGGGAGCUACAAGGUCAUUAUAUAGACCAGAACCUGGUGAUUGGUGCUGGCACAACAUUAACCAAAGUUAUGCAAAUAUUUCAAGACGUCAGUGAGGAUGAAUAUUUUGCAUACUUGAGAGUGCUAAGUGAACAUUUGGAAUUGGUAGCUCAUAUACCCGUAAGAAAUAUAGGAACUGUGGCUGGUAAUCUGAUGGUAAAACACCGAUAUCCAGAAUUCCAAAGUGAUAUAUUUUUGUUGUUGUCUACUGUAGGAGCAGAGCUAACUAUCUUGCAUGGACCGGGUCUAACAGAGAUAGUACCAAUGGAGCAUUUUCUUCAGUUUGAUAUGACGGGAAAAGUAAUAUUAAAUAUUCUCUUCCCACCAUUAAAUAAUCAAUAUAAGCUUUGGACGCAUAAGAUAAUGCCACGAGCACAAAAUGCUCACGCCUAUGUUAAUUGUGGAUUUUUAUACAAGCUUGAAAGUACAACAAACAAAGUAUUAGAAUGCAGAAUUGCCUAUGGCGGGCUUUCUCCUUUCUUCACGAGAGCAUUAUUGACUGAGAGUCACAUUGUUGGCAAAUCACUUUUUCUGAAUGAAACGUUACAAGAAGUUCUGAGUGUUUUGGAUGAAGAAUUAGAUGGCGCUGUUGUUCCAAUGCCACCUAAUCCAUCGGUACAAUAUCGGAAACAAGUUGCUUUAGCGCUUUUUUAUAAAGGCCUCCUAGCUUUGGCACCGCAAAAUCUAGUGAGUCCUCAUUACGUCACUGGAGCUAUAAAAGAGCAUGCAACCAGACCAUUGUCAAGCGGACAGCAGGAGUUUGACACAGACCCCAAAGUAUAUCCCUUAAAUAAGCCUAUACCUAAACUCGAGGGAAUAAUUCAGUGCGCUGGUGAAGCAAAAUACACUGAAGACAUACCUACUUUACCGGGAGAAGUAUAUGCAUGUUUUGUUCUAACAACAGUGCCUCGGGGUAGAAUCGUCAAUAUUGACCCUAGUAGAGCAUUAGAGAGACCAGGAGUGAUUGCCUUCUAUUCAGCAAAAGAUAUACCCGGUGUUAAUAGUUUCAUCCCCGUUGUAACCAAAUAUCGUAAACUCAUACGAGAAAACGAGGAAUUAUUAUGUGAUGGAGAUGUUAAAUAUUUUAAUCAACCUCUGGGUAUAGUUGUCGCAGAAACAGAAAUCUUGGCUGAACUUGCAGCAACAUUAGUACAUGUAACGUAUACGGAUGUUAAAGAACCUGUGAUAGAUAUAAAAGUUGCAAAAAGAGAUAUGUCGAGAAACAUUUUUUUUGUAAAUAUACCAGCCACCAAAGUAAGUCCUGAUAUACAUCAAAUAAUAAGCGGCGAAAUAACUAUUUACACACAGUACCACUUUUCUAUGGAAACUUUGUGUUGUGUUUCACGCCCAACAGAAGAAGGAAUCAAAACUUAUGCUUCUACACAGUGGAUAGAUGCUGUUCAGGACAUGACUUCAAGAGCUUUAAAAAUAGACGCAGGCAGGAUUGAUGUGAGUGUUCGAAGACUUGGUGGUGCUUAUGGAAUAAAAAUUUCUCGCAACACCCAACAGGCCGUAGCAUGCAAUCUCGUGGUUUAUAAACUAAAUAGGCCUUGUAGGUUUAUACAAUCUUUGAGAACAAAUAUGAGAGCUGUUGGAAAAAGAUUACCGUGUUCCGUUGACUUUGAGGCUGGCGUUAAUAAAGAAGGAGUAAUCCAAUUUAUAAACUUUGUGCUUUACUCCGACAAUGGGUACAUAUACAAUGAAAAUUUAUCUGACUUGGGAAAGGAUGUGUACUACAAUUGCUACGAUCAGGCACCUUGGAACUACACUUGCUUCAAUACUUUAACCGACACUGCAUCUAACACUUGGUGCCGUGCGCCUGGAACCUUAGAAAAUAUUAUAUCAGCUGAAAUGGUAAUGGAACAAAUAGCUUACGAAUUAGGAUUGGACCCAUUGCAGGUCCGGCUUGCUAACUUAGAUAGAGCUAAACAUAAUGCUAUUCAAGAAAUGACUGACACUAUCAUGGUUAAAUCAAACUACAAAGAAAGAAGGAAGCAUGUAGAUAACUUUAAUGAAGAAAAUCGAUGGAAAAAACGAGGCUUUAGAUUUACAUUGAUGAAAUGGUCACCGUAUGGCACAUUUUACUAUGAAGUAAAUUUAUCUGUUUUUCAUCAAGAUGGCUCAGUUAUUAUCUCUCACGGAGGAGUGGAAAUGGGGCAAGGUAUAAAUACUAAGGCGAUACAAAUUUGUGCAUACUAUUUUGGAAUUCCAGUGGACAUGAUUCAAGUAAAACGUAAUGAUACAGUGACUACUCCCAACGGUUUUACAACUGCAGGUAGUCUUACUUCACAAAAUAUAGGAAUUGGUGUGCAAAAAUGUUGCGAAGAGCUCCUACGAAGACUAGCACCUAUAAGGGCAAGACUAGGAAAUCCUACGUGGGUGGAACUUAUAAGGGCUGCUUUUGAUGCCGAUCUCAGCUUACAAACUCAUGGACUUUUGAAUGCUAGUGAUGAAGAAAAUAUUGACGUUUAUGGUGUAACAUUAGCCGAAGUAGAAAUAGAUGUUUUAACAGGGGAACAUGAAAUAAUAAGAGUCGAUUUAAUUGAAGAUACAGGGCGGAGUUUAAAUCCUGUUAUUGACGUAGGCCAGGUUGAAGGAGCUUUUAUCAUGGGACUCGGUUAUUGGACAUGCGAGAGAAUGGUUUAUGACCCUCAAACUGGGGAAGUGCUAAGUGACCAUACCUGGGAGUACCAUGUACCACAAGCUAGGGAUAUCCCACAGGACUUCAGGGUAUAUUUUCGGAAAGGGUCAUUUAGUACUCCGAGAGCUCUAGGUGCUAAAGUUGUUGGAGAACCUGCUACUUGCAUGGCUGUGAGUGUUCCAUUAGCUUUGAGAGAAGCAAUUACUUCUGCUAGAACUGACUCUGGCAUACCGAGCACCGUUUGGUAUGAGAUUGAUGGCCCGUACUCAGUUGAAAAUAUUUAUUUAAAUUGCGCUACAAUAAAGGAACAAUUCAAAUUUUACUAA